AAAGAAAAACUGGUGAAGUUUCAAAUAUACCUUAUGGAAUGGUUGUCUGGGCAACUGGCAAUGGGACCCGUCCUGAAAUCAUGGCUUUCAUGAAGCAGAUUGGUCAGGCUAACAGGCAUGCUUUUGCUACUGAUGAAUGGCUGGGGGUGGGAGGAUGUGAGAAUGUCUAUGCCUUGGGUGACUGUGCUACAGUAAAUCAAUGCCAAGUCAUGGAAGAUAUUGCCUUCAUAUUCAAUAAGGCAGACAAGAAUAAAUCUGGUACUCUAAAUCUGAAGGACUUUCAAGAAAUUGUUGAUGAUAUCCUGGAGAGGUACCCUCAAGUGAAGCUUCAUCUUAAGAGGAGAAAAGUGGGAAACUUUUCUGCCUUACUGAAGAAUUCUCAAGAGAAUGCCCAAAACCAGGCAGCCAUUGAAAUUGAAAAGUUUAAAUCAGCUCUUUCUGAAGUGGAUUCUCAGAUAAUAAAUCUUCCUGCAACAGCUCAGGUAGCAGGUCAACAAGGAGAAUAUCUUGCUGACUGUUUCAAUCGCAUGGAGGAGUGUGAAAAGUAUCCUGAAGGUCCUCUCAGGUUUAGGGGAUCCGAACGCCAUCGGUUUCAUCCCUUUAGGUACAAUCACUUGGGGAAAUUCGCCCCACUGGGUGGAAAACAAGUAGCAAUUCAAUGUCCUGGAGAUUGGGUCUGGAUUGGUCAUGGCACUCGGUGGAUCUGGUAUUCAGUAUAUACCAGCAAGCUAGCCAGUUGGAGGGCAAGGAUUUUGGUUAUAUCUGACUGGGGAAAGCGAUUCAUAUUUGGAAGGGACUUGAGCCGAAUCCGAGACUAGAAGGGAGCAUAUGCUAUAAUAGAAGUUCUUUUCAACCAUAUAUUUCCUAUAAUAGAGACAGAUGAAUGCAUAUUUUGUUCAGAAUUUGUUUGAGUUCUAAGUUUCUUCUGAA